ACCACAGCGAACGUAUCCGUGUCCUGCUACAGAGACAGAGCCUCGACGAAGCGUGAAGUAAUGCACUUCCUCGAACUGGAUGAAGUCUCGGUGUGGGCGACGGCGAACUUGACACUGGAACAGGGUACCCAGUGCCAGCUCGGGAUUGAAGUCGUUAGAGGAAAUUGGACAAACGGAACGAUGGCCAUUGGAAGAAUCAAGGUUACCAAAUCGCAACCAGGCGUUCAUCCAAAGUCAGCUCCCAAUUCAGCGACGCGUUGCACAUUCGAGGACGGGACUACAUGUGGAUGGAAACCAAAUGGCGGGUCGUUGCCUUGGGUGCUCAACAAUCCUGCUAAAAGAAUCCCUGACUACCCUCGCUUCGACCACACUUUGAGGGCCUACAGAGGACAUUUCAUUUUUGCUUCUAUCGGCAAAAACAAACCAUUUGGAACAGCGGAGCUGAAGAGUCCGGAUUUUCAAUUUAACACUACUGAUGAAGCCUGUCUCAGCUUCUGGCAUUUCACCGUCCACGACAAGCGAGCCCAUAUAACGGUGCUAGCCGAUGGCCAUUUCUUGUUCGGGUCUGGCACCAGGACAAACCACCGAUGGAAUCAUGUCCUUGUAGCCUUCAAGGUGCCCCCUCAGAAGUUUAAGCUCCAGAUCCAGGCGCACGUGGAAAGCGGUCUUAUAGGGUUGGAUGACAUAGAGAUCACUGAGGGAACGUGUCCUGUUAGAGACUUUUGCCCCUUUGAGCCGGCAUACUCGUGUCCCAUGCACCAAGGAACCGGAAGUUUUGCCCCAUGGAUACCGAUCAUCGCACAGCAAAUAGGAAUUCCAGACAACACUCUUAAGAAUCUGAAGGGCUACUACCUUUACCUGAACACGACGGCUGUGCGCUCGCACCAUCCAGUAUCCAGAGUUUUCAUGGCCACGCGACAGCCGACUGAAGCAACCUGCGUCACCUUCUGGUGGAAAGGACGUGGCGUGCCAGGCCAGUUAAACGUGUACAGGUUCACAAAGGAGACUGCAAUGCGAGAUCCACUACUCUCUGUGAGCACGAACGAUGAAGAAGACUGGUGGAAUGUUCGCACACUUACCAUCAAGUCCAAAAAGAAAUGGAAUCUCGUGUUUGAAGUAAUCGCAGCUGUAGACGAGAGGCGUGAAUCCGGAGUCAUGAUUGACGACGUCGAGUAUGCAGACGGCGAAUGUCCACCAUACGAAUUCUGCACAUUCGAAGAAGAAUGUUUGCCCUGGAUUGUCUUAAACAGAGACGAUGGCGCAAGUUUUGAACCGCAGAGGGCUGGAUCAUUUCCUCAGCUUCGCCGUGACCACACCACACAGACCGAAGAUGGUUACUACCUGCUCUACAAAAGUGUUGGCGUCAGAGGGAAUCACUCCACUUUUGUGUUGCGCGACACGACACACUACCAGUGUGCGUCCUUGUGGUAUUACCUUCCUGUCGUGACCAAUGGCGUCCAAUUGCUGCUCAAAGACAAUCCAGUGGAAGAAGCAAAGGGAGUCUGGAAACGUCGACAGUUCCCGCAUCCAUCGGGUUGGAUGAACGCCGUCAGAGCUGUAUCCGGCAGUAACCCAAGUGGUUUUGUGGCCGUAGAUGAUGUGCUUGUCAACGAGCUGCCUUGCGAUGAACUGGGACGCUCUACGCAGAUGUUCGAUUGCGGCAACAAGCAAACAGUGCUUGUGGAGCAUGUGUGCGACUUCGUGGCCGACUGCCGCAACGGUGCCGACGAGCGAAACUGCGGCCAGUGCGACUUCUCCGACGGCACGUGUGGAUGGAACAUCAACUGGUACCGCAACUAUGGCACCAUGGCAUGGCGCCGAGAGCGCGUAGGAUAUGUAUCUGGUUCUCCACACAUGGGAGCUGACGCCAGGCGCAAUGGGCAUUACCUCUUGCUAUACUCUAACAUCACCAAAUCUCAAAUAACUGGACAAGCCGACAUUAUUUCUCCAAUGAUCCGGAACACGGACAAGCUUUGCACCAUGCAGUUUUGGUUCAACUACGUCAAUAACGGAAGUAACACUGAUGUUGACCUGGUGAUGCAAUUGGAUCCUUACGAGCAAUCCAUUUGGACGCUCAGUGCACUGAACAAGGCACCAGAACAGGGAGUAUGGAACGAAGCAAUCGUCGCCAUAGGCCGCUACAAAAGAGAUAUCCGAUUCCAGUUCUCCAGCACACAAUGGCCACAAGGACGAGCUUUGUUCGCCGUCGACGCGAUCAAUUACAAUGGAUGCGCAUUACCAGCUAGGCAUAAUAACUGCACCAAGAUGGAUUUCAGCUGUGCGAAUGGAGCCUGUGUAAGCAAUCAUGAGCGUUGCAACUACGUUGACGACUGUGGCGACAACAGCGACGAACAAGGCUGCUGGGAUCACCGGCUUGGAUGUAACUUCGAUACAUCCUUUUGUGACUGGGUUCCUGGUGCGCCUUGGAACGAGGAUCAAGACACAUGGGCUUUGAAGCGCCCAGGAUCGUAUCUUUCCUCUUCGCCGACGCGAGACCAUACAACGGGCUCUCCCGACGGAAAUUUCGUAAUUCUCCGCGCUCAUGCCAAGACAACAAACGCCACCCUGUAUGGCCCGACACUCGACAAUACUGGCAAUUGCUCGAUCACGUUCUUUUACACGGUGCAAGGAAAAAGUGAACCCCAGCUUACGCUCAAUGUUCGCUCAGCGAAUAAUGCACCGUGGAAGACUCUAUGGAAGCAGAAUGAUCCAACGCAGUUCUGGCACUUUGUUGCCGCUACAGUAGAUUUCACGGAGACCAUUCCAUACCAGGUUGCUUUCAUUGGAGAACACAGGGUAUCGGGCCAAGAGGGCUAUAUUGCUAUCGAUGAUGUAACGUUUUCAGAGACGUGCAAGACCUACGACAAAGAGUUGCCACCAGCCCCUGCGCCAACAUUACCACCACUCGCGUGUGGUGCGGGCAUGUUUCAAUGUGGUGAUAGCGAAGAGUGCAUUCCGCUGGCUCAGGUGUGUGACUUCAAAGAACACUGCUCAAAUAGCAUGGACGAAGCGCGUUGCGGUGCAUGCGACUUCUCUCAGGACCUGUGUGGCUUGCAGAACGAAGACCCGAAUGGCCGCUUUGGUUGGAACUGGACAUUGGCACAAAUUGGCAAAAGUAACACUAUUUUUCCGUCAACAGACAGCCGUCUUGAUGAGGGAGGCGCCUACGCUGCUUAUUCCCUCAUCAAUCCAGAUGUGCCCUUGGGAGCCCCCAGAGCGAUGGUCACGCCUCGAUUGGGUCAGGUCGCCCACUCUUGCACCGUCAGUUUUUACGUCUACGUUCCCGACGGAACCUCGUCCAUUCUCACUUUUGGAGUUUUACCUAAAUCGGCAACCAGCACUGCGUCUUCAACAGCGCAUCCACUGUCAAUGUUGAGCGGAAGAGUGCAAACUGGAAGAUGGACGAAGGUGUUCAUUAAGACGGGGAACUGGGAUGCUGGAGCGAGGUUCUUUUAUGAAGCCGGCGCACCAGGAAUGAGUAUCGACCAGACCAAGUACCUCAACUGUCAUCCAGACACCCAGAGUGAAGGAUGGGAGGCCUCCCGUCGUGUGAGCUGCGACUUCUCUACGCCCUUCGACUGCGGCUGGUUUCCAGAACGCUCAGCCGCCAACCUAAGAUGGGUGCUUUACACAGGGGGCGCAGGCGCAGCGAGACUGAGGUGGCAGCCCACGGAGAGCGGGGAGCGUAAUGGUGCCUACAUGUAUGCCAGAAACGUGUUCUUCAACGAGAAAAUUGCUCAUCUGGUCUCUGUCCGGAUCAGUCCAACACCGGAAAAUGGACGCUGUUUCACAUUCUGGUACAACAUGUGGCACCCAAACCUCGGACAGCUUAACCUUCUACAGCGUGUGGACAAUGUGACCAGCCUCCUGUGGACGCGUUCUGGACCUCAGGGCAAAGACUGGCAGCAGGCGCAGGUACAAGUGUUAUCCGACGACCCACACCAGCUUGUUUUCGAGGCCAUUUUGAAACCUCAGAACCCUGGUAUGAUUGCCAUCGACAACUUCGAGCUCAAGAAUGGCUCAUGUGACACAAAGAACGUGUGCACGUUUGAAUCUGGAUCAUGUGGCUGGGAGCUGCACAACUGGGAAGUAACGAAAGGUAGCAGUGUAAUGCUACCCCAAGCAGACCACGGGAGACAGGCACCUGCAGGUGGAUUUGCCCUGGUAAAGCCUCCCAGUGGCCGCAUGUUGAGCCCUCCAGGCUGGCAUGACAUCACGAAGAACAGGUGUCUCCGUUUCUGGUUCUUCAUCUCUGGCACGACGGCUGAGACACUGAACGUCACACAAGUAGUUGACAAUAAACAAGAGGAUGCGCUCUGGUUUGGAACGAAGAUGGACGCUCCAGCUGAACGAUGGUAUUCGGCUGCUGUUGCUAUGAGAAGUUACCAAGGCUCUGUUUCAACGGUAUUCGAAGGGACAACCUCUGGUGACACGGGCACUGCUGUUGCUGUGGAUGACAUCAGCCAGGGAGAGAAGCCCUGUCCUCCUCCUGGUAGUUGCUCUUUCGAGGUGGACACGUGCAACUGGCGUAACACCGACGAUCUGACCCACGUGCAGUGGUACCGACACAGUGGUCGUACAGUAUCUGGUGCCAGUGACCUCAAGAACGACCACACGUUCGGUACCGCAGAGGGUCAUUACCUUCUCCUUGACUCCGAAGACAUGUCUGAAAAGCGUUUUGGUCAUCUUCAAAGCCAAACCCUCAACUUUGGUCCUGCUGUCUGCUUCAAGCUAUACUAUUACAUGAAGAAUGGAUCGGACGCAUCUCUGAAGAUAAAGUUCUUGGAUUCAUCGGGAGCCCCAUCUGGUGAACAGAAGACGGUGCUUCCAACAGCUCCAACAGAGUGGACAUUGCUUUCUGUGGAACGACACGACCUUCCUACACACUUCUCGAUUGUCAUUACUGGCAGCACCGGAAGUUCUUCGAGUGAUCUGGGCAUCGACGAUAUUGACGUCCAUCCGGGAAAAUGCGACUCAUCGAUGGUUACGACUGUUUCCCCGCAGCCUGGAGUUUCUACAACACAAGAUGUCUCUACUCACUCGUACAUCACAGAAAGUAUGGCGUCUUCAGUGACAGGGCUACCUCUUGCCACCAAGGAAAUAACAGCGGCGCCUAUUACAAGUAGAACAGGUGCUGUUUCAUCGCCGGUGCCGUGGCUUCAGUGUGCACUUGGUCAGUUCAACUGUCGAGACGGCGCCACCUGCAUACCGAGUGUGUUGGUGUGUGACGGCGUUCGUGACUGUCCCAACGGACUCGAUGAAAAGUGCGGAAGCGCCAAUGUGUGCAAAGAUGAUGAAUUUUUGUGUGCGAGCCGCUCUCCCGCUGAUUGUCUUCCACGUAUGCUCUCUGUGAUGGAAAGGAAGACUGCUUCGGAGGCGCCGACGAAUACUUGUGUCGUGAAUGCCCGCUCUUCCUGUGCCUCAACGGUGGUCUCUGUUCAUGGACCGUUCGGGAGCCAUACCCCUUGUGCCUUUGUCCCUAUGACUACGAGGGCCGUCGAUGCGAGAUCAACAAAAGGUCUCUGCUAGAGGAUCAGCCACAGAAGCUCCAAGAUGUUGGCUCAAAUGGCCCUAUCGUGACUGGCAUUCUUGUCUUGCUGGCCUUCCUACUAAUAGGAGCAGUGGUCGUGGUUGCAGUUUUGAGGAGACGACGAGUACAAAGAUUGAACACACCAAUGUACAUCAACAAUCCGUCUUUCAAAGCGCCAGCUGAAGACACACAAACUUCCAUGUGAGGCUAAUCACCCCAUCAUCGAAACCGCAUGAACAGCGACGUGGUUGGCGUUCAAGGAAAAUGAAUAAAGAUAAUAAGUUUUUUCAGGGC